GAGCCUGGUCCAGCCGGCGAGGAGGAGCAAGAGGAGCGGCAGUGAUGGAGAUCGAGACAUGGACCAACAGCAUCAACCAGGCCAAUAAGAAGGCCCUGCUUACCUGGGCAAAAGAAACGGGCACCAAACUGGUGCAGAUCAACGGGCAGAGGCGAUAUGGUGGCCCACCCCCAGGCUGGGUGGGUGACCCCCCUCCAGCAGGCACAGAGGUGUUCAUCGGGAAGCUGCCGCAGGACAUAUACGAGAACAUCCUGAUCCCGCUCUUCCAGAGCGUGGGGACACUCUAUGAGUUCCGCCUCAUGAUGACCUUCAGUGGGCUCAACCGCGGCUUCGCGUACGCCAAGUACAGCACCCAGCGUGCUGCCAAGGAGGCCAUUGCCACCUUCAACAACUUCAGCCUACGGGAGGGCUGUGCCAUCGUGGUGUGCCGGAGCACGGAGAAGUGCGAGCUCAGCUUGGACGGGCUGGCAGCCUCGGUGAGCCAGCGGGGGCUGGAGGCUGUGCUGCGGCAUGUCACUGCGGGCAUCAUCAGUGUCACCCUGCACCCCAGCCCCGGGCAGCAGCACACGCAGCUCGCCCUGCUCAAGUUCAGCUCACACCACGCUGCUGCCAUGGCCAAGAAAACCCUCAUGGAAGGGAACAUGAGGCUCGGUGAGGCAGCGAUAAGGGUGGACUGGCUGAACCCUGACCUGAAGCAGAAGCUGCAGUCACGUGAGAAGAAGCCAUCACCCAGCUGGGUACAGAGGGCCAAGCACCAGGGGCUCCCCAAGCAGGCUCCCCCAUCUCCGGUGCUACACAAUGCGCUGGAGCACCUCAACACCCUGUGCCGGAGCCAGUACUUGGGGCCUCCGCUGUUCCUCACCAAGUGCGUCCAGGCCAACCCCAAUGGGUGGCUGCGGUUCUGGUGCCAGGUGGUGAUCCCGGGGUGCCCCAUGCCCUUCAUGGGGUUCAUGUGGGUGCAGCACAGGCCAGGCAGGAGUGGGCACGAGGAGGCGAAGGUUGCGGUGGCGCUGCAGGUUCUGCGGAUGCUGGGUGAGUCCCUGCGUGGUACCCGUGCCAAAGCCUUGGAGCAUCUCUUGGGAGUGUGGAGCUCAGGGGGACCCAACCAGGGUCAGAUUCCCCCCAAAUAGAUGUGACUCUGAUGUCUCUGAGCCCCGGGUGGGAUUCCUGGUUGG